ACCUCUCCUAUACGUGUUGGGCAAGGAAAUACAGAUCCAGCAAUAGAAACAAGUACCGUCCGAAACCGCGGAGUCCCAUUGGUUACAGGAUCGGUCAAUCAGCACGGAAGGCCAAUCCGGGUAUCCAGUUACAGUUCAUAAGUCACGUGAUCCAUUUUAUAUCAACACCGACGCCAUUAUCAAUGGUAAGAAAAGUGAAACAGGGAGGGAGAGUGAGAGGUAAUUGAACAUGGAUUCCAAGCCAAGAAGGCUGCCUUUCAUGCAGAGCAGCCCAGGGCCGUCGUCAUCUCUGUCCUCUUCUUCGUCUUUAUCCUCUGCCUCCUCACCCCUCGGCUCCAGCAGGCUCUACUCUAACCGAGGGAGUGUGCUGAGCACUGAGCGAUACACCAGGGGGACCUCUGUCAAGGUGGAGUCAGAAUAUCAGGGAUCCAGGUAUCAUAGUACACCUAGAGACUACAGUCUUCCAGAAAGUCGCCAUUCCAGCUGGAAACUUUGUUCUCCUUCUUUGACACCACCUUCUGUGUCAUGUGAUCGGUCGUGGUCUGUAGAAACUCGAAGUAAACUGUUAACUUAUCAGGGAGAAUCGGAACGGAGACAAGGAACGUACUGUGGGCUUCUCAAUGCGUCACAAGAUGGUGAUUCUAAAAGGCCAAAGCUGUCCUAUUCAAACAGAGCAACAUAUUCGAGAAGUGUUUCAUCAUCUGGAGCGAACAGCACUGGUAUUGGCAGUAUUUCAGAUUCAUCAUGGAAGUACAGCCCAGUUUCCAGGUUGUCUUCGUCGUCCACAGAUUCCACACGUCCUCGGAGGGAGCUGGAUAAAAGAGCUGAGCCAAGUCUCUCCAAUCUUGGAGAGCACAGCCGUAGGGGUGGUGUAUUGUCCUCCUCAGCAUAUCUUCCAGACAGUGCGACGUCCUCUUAUGCACAAGGGGCAAGGCCCAAGGAAUCCUCAUUUUCAUCCACCAGAAUGAGUAGUUCUGUGAAUCACUAUAUGCCAUCUGAGUACCAGCCAUCUUUAUUGUCCAGAGAUUCAUAUAGAAAUACCUCCAGGUCUGCUACGUCUACUACCUUAAGGGCUCAAGAAUCCUCUCAAGCAUCAGGGGGACUAGAUUCCAGGAAUAUGUCUUCGAGAUCUCCCAAUUGGUGGUAUAACCCACCAGCAGAAAGGGUCACCUCUUCCUCGCCAAGGAGGUCGAACGAAACAAGCGAUUCAGAAGGCAGGCGGACAACCAGACAGUUACUGUCGCGUCUAGCUUUCAGCAUGUCCUCAACACUUUUCUCCCGAAGAUCAAGUCAAGACUCCUCAGGUUCAAGUUCUAGGUCUUUUGAGUCAUCCUCGGAAGAUCCUUUUGAUGUUCCAAGGGAUGAAAAUUCUUCACAAAGCAGCGAUAGCCGGAACAGUAGCCCCGACGUUUCAGAAAGAAGAGAUUCAGAUUCUUCCAAUGGCUUCACAUUUCUCAGACGCAGAAGGCAAAGUUUAUCUCCUAUAUUAGAAACACGGAAUUCCCAGGCGGAUCCAGAGUCCUCAAGAUCAGCUGCCACUGAAAGCAGAAGCUCUGGUUCCUGGUUGUCCUCUUCCUUUAGAAACCGAUGUACCCCGCUGUUCUCCAGGAGAAGAAGAGAAGGCAGAGACGAGACUGCACGAAUGGCUUCUACCUCUGAAGAACCAUAUGGAAACUCUCAAUAUUCUUGGACUAGAAAGGAGUCCCCAGAACCCAAAGCCUCUGCUGAAGAGCCAGAGGAAGAAUCUCAAGGAGCUGGAGCAACUGCUUCAUCAGUUGCUGCUGCUGCUGCUGCUGCUGCAUCCAGUGCUUCUGUACAAGGUACUUCCCAGGAUGAACGAAACCCACGAAUUUCCGAGAUUGUUCCUAACUCUUUGUUUCGUCUUGCCAUGCCAUCUACACUGGAAAGCUCCUUGUCUGAUAAUGUUAUGAUUACUGUUGACAUCAUGGCAGCUGGAAGACCUCAGCCUGAUGGACAGGAAAAUGACAAGGCUGCUCCUUCAAGAGACCCAGAGAAGCUCAAGAAAAUCCAAGAGAGCCUCCUUUUAGAAGAAUCGGAUGAUGAGGGAGAUUUGUGCCGUAUUUGCCAAAUGGGGGCUGACUCCUCAUCGAACCCUUUGAUUGAGCCUUGCAAGUGCACUGGCAGUUUACAAUACGUCCACCAGGAGUGCAUGAAAAAGUGGCUGCGCUCUAAAAUCAGUUCAGGUUCAAGCUUAGAAGCUAUUACUACAUGUGAGCUUUGUAAGGAGAAACUGCAUCUUAACAUUGAAAACUUUGACAUCAAUGAGUUAUACAGAACCCAUGCAAGUGAAAGGGCUGAGUACGAGUUCAUCAGUUGUGGUCUUUACCUUGUUGUCCUGCUGCAUUUGUGUGAGCAACGAUUUUCUGAUGUGUUGGGUGCUGCAAAUGAUGCUGGGUUUUUCAACCUAGCAAGGACCCUUCAUGAGCACAUGGAUGAUCUUGAAAGCUCUUAUGAAGAAUCUGAAGAGGAAGCUGAAACUGUCAGCAGACCAUCCUUUGAUUUUGAAGAUGAUGAUGAGGAACAGUACUGAAUAAAAUGGUACUCAGGACGACGUGUAAUGUCCCGUUGUGUUAUAAAUCCUUUUCUGGAAACCAUGCCUUUUUCAGUGUUUAGUUUCAUGGGCCAAAAAGCCCAAUUUAGAUUUGAUUCUUUGUAAAAUACAGAGACGUUUUGCCUUAAAGGGUGGUUAAUAGGUAUGUGUAGGUAGUGUGAGGAAUGUUAUAGUGGUUGUGGGUUUUUCUUUACCAAAAUUUAAACUUUUCUUUUUUUUGUCUGUAUCAUGAUAAAUUUGAGUGACUUUAUUUUCAUGCCUUGUUCAUUUCAUUCAUUUAUAAUGGUAAUCCACAACAAGUUACUGUAUACCAUGAGUGCUUUAAAUACUUAAAUGUAAAGUUAAAACUUCCUGUUUGGGAAGAAGACUCUGGUGUGUUAUGUCUUACAGAUGCAAGCAACUGUCAUUGGUUUUUGUAGAGGAAUGCCUUGUUUUGAAUUCACUUGUGGUUUGAAAGUGUCUAAAAUUUUUCAAACUCUGCGAUGUGUUUUUCCUCCCAGACCUUUUAUACUCUAAUGCGUCUGUUUUCAGGUAGGCCCUUCUUGUCAUGAAGGGUGGAACAGGGCAGGAGGCCAAAGGUAAUGACAUUGCAAGAACCAGGAAAGAUUAUUGGAAAGAGUUUUGGGACAUUUUUGUUUUUUUCACUAUUCACUUUUAGACAUUUUUUCGUUAUAAAUUAAGAUAAUUUACAUAAUUCAGCUUUAUACUGCAAUUCUAGAUUUACUUUAUGUUUAAUAGUUUAUCAGUAUGUAUUUGCCUUGACUUACAUUUUGAUGAAAUUGUUGUUUUAAGAUUAAUAAAGUUAGAUGUUCCUUCAUA